GGGGGAGCGCGCCGGGGGCGGGGAGGGGGCCCCGGCGGAUAAAGAUGGCAAUGUCUCUCAUCCAAGCGUGCCGCAGCCUGGCUCUCUCAACAUGGCUGCUUUCCUUUUGUUUCGUGCAUCUGCUCUGCCUGGACUUCACCGUGGCCGAGAAGGAAGAAUGGUACACCGCCUUCGUGAACAUCACCUACGCCGAGCCCGCGCCGGACCCCGGGGCCGGGGCGGCGGGCGGCGGCGGCACCACCGCCGAGCUGCACACCGAGAAGACCGAGUGCGGGCGCUACGGGGAGCACUCGCCCAAGCAGGACGCCCGCGGGGAGGUGGUCAUGGCCAGCUCGGCCCACGACCGCCUGGCCUGCGACCCCAACACCAAGUUCGCCGCCCCGGCGCACGGCAAGAACUGGAUAGCCCUCAUCCCCAAGGGCAACUGCACGUACAGGGAUAAGAUCCGGAACGCGUUCCUGCAGAACGCCUCCGCCGUGGUCAUCUUCAACGUGGGCUCCAACACCAACGAGACCAUCACCAUGUCCCACGCAGGUGUAGAAGACAUCGUGGCAAUAAUGAUUCCUGAGCCCAAAGGGAAGGAGAUAGUAAGCCUGCUGGAGAGAAACAUCACCGUGACGAUGUACAUCACCAUCGGAACCCGGAACUUGCAGAAAUAUGUGAGCCGCACCUCGGUUGUGUUUGUCUCCAUCUCCUUCAUCGUCUUGAUGAUCAUUUCCCUCGCCUGGCUGGUCUUCUAUUAUAUCCAGAGGUUUCGAUAUGCAAAUGCCAGGGACAGGAACCAGCGCCGACUGGGAGAUGCAGCAAAGAAAGCAAUCAGCAAGCUCCAGGUCAGGACCAUCAAGAAGGGUGACAAGGAAACCGAGCCUGAUUUUGACAACUGUGCAGUUUGUAUUGAAGGGUACAAGCCCAACGAUGUGGUCCGGAUCUUGCCCUGCCGGUGAGUGGCUAGGCUGCCUGCUUUUGACUGGGGCGUGUGUGGACAGUGUCUGCUAGCCUCACUGGCUCCGACCUGCUCGGCCUAGCCCUGCAAGGUCAGUCUUCCCCAACGGUGCCGUAUUCGAAUAAGAAACCACCAACAAGCUCAUUCUUUUUGUAUAACCUUUCUCCUUGAAAACAUUUUCUCUUGUGACAUCAGAAAUAUUUUUCCAAUCCUCUUCUCACCAAAGGGAGGAGACUACUGCUAUGACCUAGGAUCUCAUGUACACAGUUUGAUGAUGUAGCUCCAAGUUCAAGUUUUUU